ACUUCCUGCUUACGAAGACAUUUCGUCGUAUAUUUGUGAGGUUUGUGUUACCCCAGCCAGGGCAGAUCUCCGACAAUGAAUGUGGGGGUGGCCCACAGUGAACUUAACCCCACACACUCGUACCUGAACAGUAAGGGCAUCUGGCUUACCUAUGUCCUCUUCAUCUACUUUGUUCAUCUGCUCCUGCUCAGUGUCCCGUUCAUCACCGUCGCUGUGGCCUGGACGCUUACCAAUGUCAUACACGAUGUUUCCAUGUUCUUCAUGCUGCACAUAACCAAAGGUACCCCGUGGGAGACGGGAGACCAGGGUCAGUCACGGACAGAAACACAGUGGGAACAGAUUGACUACGGACAGCAGUUCACCGCUACGAAAAAAUUCCUCACCAUGGUUCCAAUUGUCUUAUUUUUCCUCGCCAGUUUUUAUACAAAAUAUGACGUGUUACAUUUUGUAAUCAAUGCCUCGUGCUGCUUGCUAAGUGUUAUUCCCAAGCUCCCCCAGCUACACGGAGUACGAUUAUUCGGCAUCAACAAGUACUGACCCAGGGCUGACCACCGAGUCUCUGUUUCUCCAACCAUAAGUUUCUGUGAGGUUCGAUUUUCUACCUUGUUUUUUGAUUAAACAAAACACUUGGUCACAAAUUUUUGUACAGUUCCCUCCCUUCUCUAUUGAUUAUCUCCCCUUCUCACACAGUGAUGUGUCUGGGGGUAACCUAAGAUGGUGAUGCUUUCUGAAUUUCUUGUGUCCAAUGAGUUACAUGUGAAAACCUUAGGUGUUAAUGUAUUUCUGAGAUAAGGUUGCACCUAGCUUAAGGAAUUAUUUUUAGAUUUUGAGUGAAAACUCCUGGCCACCUUGAGGAAGUUUGGUCCAAGUUAUGUAUUUUUUUAUUCUUUUCUGUAACACAACUUUGUUUCUGUAUCACAGUUGUGCUUUUAAAGCAAAGGUGUACUGUAAAUCUUCGAUCUUUUCAACCACUAAAACCUUAUUUUCUGUGGAAUUUAUGCAUAUAAUUCUUAAAAUGAUGCUAAAAUCGUUAAUUUGUUUGUGCAAUUAAUGGUGCAAGCUUCAUAAACUGUGUAAGUUAUUUCUCUACACUCUGUCAGCAUAUUGAACAGCUCUUUCGGUUUAUAAAGCCUGUACUGAUCUCAAGGUUAGAGGCCUAACGGUGUGGAUGCACACCUGCUGGUUGAAAAGUGAAGUAGUGCCAUAUUGCACUCAGUUACCUGUCAGAAAGUAGUCCCUUCUGAGGAUUCUUUAUGUUGGACUACUGACAGACUGCUGGACAGUAAAAGGCUCCAGCCUUGACCAUUACCCAAUGGGAACUGAUGUUAGAUGCAUAUCUAUCGCUGCUUCCUCUAUAGUGUAGAGCCUUAAUGAAGUUGAACCAUGCAUUUUCUUCUAACAGUGCUUUCUGUGUAACUCUGAGAAGUGACUGUACUUUGGGAAUUAACCACUUAGAAGGUGGUUUUUAAUUAACAGUAUUAUCAUUGUGUGGGAAGUGGAAUUCUGGGGUUAAAAUGUUGAUAAAAAUAUUAAACGUGUGUGUGGGAGAAGGGGAGAUAACUCCUAGGGACAAAAACUUGCCUUGACUUGAAAAACUAAUGUUAAGCAGUGGUUUAACAUGCAAUCUGGGUUAAGGUUUCUGGUAUUAUCUUUGUAUGUGUGUAAUUGGUGAAUGCUGUUAAUUUUACGUAGAUACAAAGACAUGGAUACUUUGGUGUAUUUAAGUAGUCUUCAGUUAAGUCAUCUCUGUUUUUAGUCUGUUUUGGGUGGAAGAUGCAGCGUAUAUAAGCCAAAACACCUAGUCCUUUAACCAGUAAUGAGUGAAGGCCAUGUCUAUGCUACCAUAAGUUCUCAGCCUAUUUGUGUGUGAAAAGGCUUGAUUGGAUUCAAAUUAUGGAGUCCUGUAAAUAUAUGUUGAUGAGAUACUAGGAACAAAAAACAGGAAAUAUGUGUUAACAAAAUGCUGAUUUUAAAUUCUUCUCUUAAAAACAACAUACAGCUGUACUUUUUUUGAAAUACAUAAUUGUAUAUGUGUAU